GCUGCCUGAACUCGGAGCUGAAUCAAAUCAAUCGUGGUGCAGAAGCCGUUCGAUGAUUGGAUAGCGUCUAAAUCAUGUCCGUAUCACGGUGGCCGCGAGUCAGUACACCAAUGAGGCGGACAAUACCGCUCGCGGGAUAUACCGCAUGGGCGCUCUCCCUGGAACUGAAAGCAAGUUACUCACUAGGGAAAUGGUGCAUGAUGUACGCCCGCUGUCUACGAUCAGAUGGAAGAGAAGAUUCAGGUUGUCGCUGGACAUGUCUCAGUGCAAUUCAUUUGACCAACCUCCAUGAUAGCGGGCAUUUCAAAUGCGUCUUCUGCGAGGUGGGAUGAAAACUGCAUUCGCUACAGAGCCGCUGGAACAUGAAUGGUGUUGCUGUCUACUAGCGCUUAUUCCAAGUUCCAAGUUCGUUGUACCGUACCAUGACCUCGC